AUGGACAGGUCCUAUGCCCACAGUGUCAGCGGAGGGGCAGGUGGCCAUGGGACCAAGAUCUCCAUGGCCUACGGCACACGGGUUGGCAGCGGUUUCGGGGGUGGGUAUAACUACCAGUCCUUGUCCUCUGGGUCCAAUUCUGGAUCCCUGGCCAUCACGAAUGAGAAGACAACCAUGCAGCACCUGAACGACCGCUUGGCUAGCUACCUGGAGACGGUGAGGAAUCUGGAGAAGGCCAACAGCACUCUGGAGAUCAAGAUCAGGGAGACCAUCGAGAAGAAAGGCCCCUUGGAGGGAAGGGACUACAGCAAGUACAAUGCCAUCAUCACGGAGCUGAGGGCCAAGAUAUUUGACACAAUCAAGGGCAACGCACAGCUUUCUAUCUCUCUUGACAAUGCACGACUGGCUACAGAAGACUUCAGACUCAAGCUGGAGUAUGAGAUGUCCAUGCGUCAGACGGUGGAGGCUGAUGUGGCCAGACUCAGAAAGCUUCUGGACGACACCAACGUUGUUCGCAUGCACCUGGAGAGCGACAUCGAGUCUCUGAAGGAAGAGUUGAUCAACCUGAGGAAGAACCACAACAGGAUGGUUGCUGAAUUGCGUGACCAGAUCACCCAGGUUGGCAUCCGUGUGGAUGUUGAUGCUCCUAAAGGACAGGACCUGGCCAGGAUAAUGGAGGAGAUGAGGGCUAGCUAUGAGAAGAUAGCACUGAAGAACCAGGAGCAGCUCAAAACAUGGCAUGAAUCGCAGAUCACAGAGGUGCAGGUCCAAGUGACUGAGAACACAACAGCUCUGAAGGAAGCCACGACUGUGAUCACUGAAACUCGGAGGAGGUACCAGGGAAUGGACAUUGAACUGCAGUCUGCACUUAGUCUGAAAGCAUCUCUGGAGGCCACCCUGCGUGACAUCGACAUGCGUUACAACAUGGAGGUAGAAAAGUACAACGCCAUCAUCCUGAGGCUGCAGGAGGAGCUCACUCAGAUCCGCAACGACAUCCAGCACAACACAAGAGAGUACGAGCAGCUGCUCAACAUUAAGGUGAAACUGGAGGCUGAGAUCGCCGAGUACAGGAGGCUGCUGGACGGAGGGGGAGACUUCAAACUACAGGAUGCAGUUGAUUUGAAGACGGUCCAUACCAAAGUGGUGACAGUCACUCAGACUCUGGUGGAUGGCAAAGUGGUGUCAGAGAGCCAGGACAUCAAAUCCAGUGAAAAGAUUGCUGCUAAUUAAAAACUGGGAAGAAUAUAAUAAAUAAAAUUAUAAACAAAAAAUGUG